GGGGCCAGUGCGGCGCGCCCAAUCGGGACGAAGUCUUGGCUGGCCCGGGCUCUCGUGGGCUCACUCGCUCUAGGGAACCGGCACCAUGGCGUCGGGCUGCAAGAUCGGCCCGUCCAUCCUCAACAGCGACCUGGCCAACCUGGGGGCCGAGUGCCUGCGCAUGCUGGACUCGGGGGCCGACUACCUGCACCUGGAUGCACCCUGCUCUUCAGGGAGGUCAGUUUUUUGCAUUUUGUUCCCAAUAUCACUUUUGGUCAUUCUGUGGUUGAAAGCCUCCGAAAGCAGUUAGGCCAGGACCCUUUCUUUGAUAUGCACAUGAUGGUGUCUAGGCCAGAACAGUGGGUAAAGCCAAUGGCCGUGGCAGGUGCCAAUCAAUAUACCUUUCAUCUUGAGGCAACUGAGAACCCUGGGGCUUUGAUUAAAGACAUCCGGGAGAAUGGGAUGAAGGUCGGCCUUGCCAUCAAACCAGGAACGACAGUUGAAUAUUUGGCCCCAUGGGCUAAUCAGAUAGAUAUGGCCUUGGUAAUGACCGUAGAACCUGGGUUUGGAGGGCAAAAAUUCAUGGAAGAUAUGAUGCCCAAGGUUCACUGGUUGAGGACCCAGUUCCCAACUUUGGAUAUAGAGGUCGAUGGUGGAGUAGGUCCUGACACUGUUCAGAAAUGUGCGGAGGCAGGAGCUAACAUGAUUGUGUCUGGCAGUGCCAUCAUGAAGAGUGACGACCCCAGAUCUGUUAUCAACUUACUAAGAAAUGUCUGUUCAGAAGCUGCUCAGAAACGUUCUCUUGAUCGAUGAAGCCACAGGAACCUGGGUUCUGCUCAUGAAAGCUUUUUUAUUGGAAAAGAGGAAUAUUAACUACCAAAUCACAUUGAAUCAAAGCAGUGCUGCAUUCCAGUGAUUAAAAUCAAUUGUGCAGGAUGUUCAAGAGGUUAGAAGUAAAUAACUACCUUUUUAGUGAUGCCAUUUAGAGAUUAGCGUGAUGAAAUAUUCAUGUUUAUAUUGGGAGAAUAAUUUUUGUAAAGAGUGAAAAUAUCGUUUAAGAUUAGACAGAAAUGUGUCUUAAUGCCUAAAGAGGAAAAUUAGCUACUAUGAAAACCAUUUUUCUGUAUUUUUAAAAAGAAUGUUCUGUUGUUUCCUGGUUUAUCCCUAAAGCAAAUGACAUCCAUUUUCUCUGUUUCGUGUCAUUUGUGGUUUGUUUAUAUGCCUGAGAAUAUGAAUGGAAUGGGACUAAAAUUAGAAGCUUUGGUGGGGUGGCACGUCAUGGUCUGGUAUCUUUUUUACUUUUUAUCUUACACUUGGUUUAUUAAAGACUAUAACAAAAUGUAUGAGGCCUAGGGUUCUGAAAUGCAAGCACAGACUCUAUCAAGGUAUUUUCUUUGUCACAGCAGGCUUUUCAGUAAUUCCUUUCUGCUUCUGGUUCUCACUCAACUGCCAUUCUUAGGGCUGUGAAAUAAUACUGUUGUGGUAGCUGUGAGCAGAGAGGAACCAUACAGUCUCUCUUGGAAGCUCCAUUGGGUUGAAUCCAGGUUGGCUCCAUUCUAGAUCUCUGAUUUUAAGAAAAGUCACCCAACCGGUUUUUACUAUCAACCCUUACAUCUGUUAAAUGGAACCAUAACUACUGUGGGUUGAGAAUUAAAAGCAUAACAUGAUACUAGAUAGCCUAUAGUUCUACUCUUAGACUGUAGGGGAUGCUCAACACAAAAUGGCAAGCAUUGUCUGUUUUGUGAGUUAUUACGCACUUUGGUUGUGUUUAAUUAACUCCUAGAUUGUCUGUAAUUGUUAGCAGGUAUUUUUUGUGCUGGUACAUAGAAAGGGUCCAGUAAAAGCAGGCUUUCUGGUAUGUCUACUGCUCAGACUACAGAGGUGGGUUAGAAAGAAGAAAGGGUUUUUUAAACUUUAUUUUUAGUAUAACUAUACUCUCUAGCAGAAUCAGAGUAAGUAAAGCAUACUCUGGAAAUACAUACAGAUGGGGCCCCAGGGAUGUUUAUAUAAUUUCUAAGAAAGAAGAAGUAGGCUAAGAGAAGACAGGAUACAGACUUAAUCCAUGAACUAAGUAUUAGUAAGUGUUCCCAGUUAUCGAAAGACUGGAAAUACGAAUCGGCAAGUUCACUCUCAUUCUUGACUAUGACAUGAACACAACCAGUAUCAUUAAGUUUCUUCAGGCUACUGUGAGUUUUGAGAAAUAAGGUUUUAAAAAAUAAAAUAAGAACAUUGACAAACUUAGGCAUGAAACAGAGAUUGCUGGGGCUUUUUCCUGCCCUAUAAAGUAAAGUUUAUUAAUACUUGUUUUUAUUUUGGCUUAGGAAAAGUUUGUGCCACGAGAUAUAGCAUUUAAUCAAAUCACACAAUACAAGGCAUAUAGAAAUAACUUUAAUUAAAAAACUAUGUAGAAGAUUAUAAUAUCAGUCAUGACAAAGAUUUGAAUUACUUGCUGGGACAACUUGUAUUUUUCUGGCUUUUGUUAUCUUUUUCUUUAAAAAUAAAUGUACAGUAAAACUAUAAGCAAAAGUUUGUAAGUAUUGAAUCUGAAUGGUUCCCCCACCCCCCCUUUUGCAGGGACCAGUUUAAUUUCUAAUCCUCAACAAAACCUUAAGUAUCUAAUCCCACAGACGCUAAGCCCAGUGGCCAGGAUUUUCAGUAUUAUGGGAACUACAAAUUGAGUAACCUUUCUUUGCAUAACAAAAAGUGGUUGAUACAAAUUGUCCUUAACUUUUAUCUAGAAAAAAUGGUAUUAUAGCUCCAAAAAGAAUUUUCCUUAAUGUACACUCCUCAGUAUUCUAUAUUAAAGUCUUAGUCUUUGAAAAAACUUGAAUUCUUGAUCUAGGAGCCUAUUAAGAGUAGGUAUUUGAGUAAGCUAUGGCAAGGAGAAACCAAAUUAGAAGCUUCUAGCUGUACAUUUGCUAGAAUUACAACCAUAUUAUGAUUUGUAUGCUGUUUUGCAUUUUAAAUUGCUGUCUUGAAGAGGUACAUAAAGCAAGUAAAACUCAGGGUGAAUUUUCAAAGACAAUAGUUUUAAAAUGUAUCAAUAUAUUAAACUCUAAGUUGCUUCUCUUAAUUCUGUUAGGAGUAAGCAGAAAGUCUGUGGUUAGUCCAAGAGAGAACAAUGAUUUCAAAUAAAUGAAUAUUGUAUUAUCUGAUAUAAGAAUUUCCAUAAAUAACUUAUAUUGGUUAAACAAUUUUUAGAAUAAAAGAAAAAACAACUCCCUUUCCAUAGUCAAAGCUUUCAGAUGUCUAUUAUCAGUCCACACCUGUGCUAGAUAUUCAUGGCAACUUACAUUGCAUAGAGUAGUUCAUAUAUGCAGUUUUAAGACUACGGUGUGCAUGUGUGUGUAUAUAUUCUGUAUACACACUAGUAUAUUCUCAGAUUACUGAGGCAGUUUUAAUGAACUGCCAUGAGACCAGAUACAAAGAAUAGUUGUCAUUUGAUGUAAAUCGACUGUAUUGUCAGGGAGGGGCUCUUAACAGUUACCCAGAGUGUGAUUUCCAUCAAAUUGCAGCAGUGUUUGUGAUCUGUGUUAUUGACAAACACAAGUUACUAGCAUUUGUGUAGGUGAAAAGCUAGCUACUUCUGUGAUUCAGGAAAAAGAAACUUCUCUGGUCUGUUUCAUGAACAGUGAAAGAUGGAUACAUGCAGCACAUCCUCCUUGUCUGGAAUUGUGACCAGAGGAGCGGAAGAGUCAGAAGAGGGUUUAGGUUUUUCUUCCUCUUUUCCUUUCAGUUACAUAGUUUUCAUAAUUUGUUCCCUGUCACCUGUUUCUUUUAACAUUAGUAACUCCUAGACCAAAGGUUUUAUAUUCUUCCAUUCCAUCUAACUGCAUUUUUGGAGGGUGGCCAUCCUCUGGUGUAGUGCUACAGAAGACUUCGUCGCGGAAGGCUGUGCUUGCCCCCUCAGUCUGAUCCUUUCUUUCAUCUUGGCAUAAUAAGGCUGCAGUAUCCUCAUCCUUCAGUGGAAACGCUCGUCGCUCCCACCGCAAAGACUGAAAGGGGAAACAUUUUCAGUUAAGUUUCACCUAAUUUGAUUAUUUGUUAAGGAAUGUGUAAUGUCAGUUUUUAUAAUUAUUCUUUGAGUAUCUAAGUUCAGGUUUUCAUUUCCUCUCAUGUCAAAAUGGAAUAUACUGAGAAUUUCUUGACUUUAAGGAAUUAUUUCUUUACUCUGCUAAGAAGAGCAAAUACUGCCACAGAACCCUUUAAGGAAGGAUUUCUUCCAUUUGCUGUACUUCAUUUCUGUCUCAUUGUUAUUACAGAUCCUUUUUCUUCCUAAUUUUCUGCAACUUGCAUAUUAAUUUCUAUAGUUCCUCCAUUCUUGAUCUAGUUAUUUUUCAACACCCUGUAAUGGGGAUAGAAGCAUGAACUUUGUAUAGUUGUAGGAUAUACUCUCCUACAGUAGGAGCUGGAUUUGUGUGGAGACAGGUCAAACCCUUUGUUCGCAGCAGGGAAACAGAGGCUGUGCUUACUGUGUACCAUGUGCCAGUCUCCAGUGCUCAGGUGUGUUCUUAAAGAAAGUGCAGUAGAAUCCCCAUUCCCUAACAGGCAAGUAAGUAGAUAGGUCAGGGUUGUUACUGGCAGGCUGUGCCCCCCAAAAAUAAAAAUACAAGUAAAUUGCUAAUAGAAUGGAACUAGAGUGCUCCACUAUAGACCUUCAUGGCCAUGCUAGACUGAACAUCUCACUGAGUUUGAUAUGUAGUAAAACAAUUUACAAUAAGCAAUUUCUACACACAUGUGAGAUGAAGUUAAAAGACAGUUAAAGGAAAAUGCAGUCAUAUAACCUAGGCUUACCUUGAUUUCUUGACUGUCAUUUAAAGAAAGUGAAUCCUGAGCACACAGACUGUGGUUGUCUGCUGGGAGCUCGAGGGGACUCUCGGCAUUAGCACACUGCUGAGCACUGCUAAGUUCACUUGGGUUUUCCUUCAGAACCAAGUCCUGUCCUUCUGUGUUUUUACUGUAAGCUCUAGUAAGGAAAUAAAUGAAUACAGGGUAUCACACUAAGUCAGUACUGUGUUUUUCUAGUGUUUCUACUCAAGGUCAUCUGAUGAUCUUCCCAGUGUUGUUUUUAGGAAAGGUUUCUAUCCAAGGCUUAAAUAUCCUCAUUGAGUACUCACUCAAUCAUCGUCGUUACAGUUCUUUGGUUUAACAAAACAGAAAGGGCCAUGUAUUUGACUUUUACAGUCUUUGAGUUCUCAGUUUAUUCUAGAAUUGUUUUAACAUACAUGAAGACCUCAAUUCACAUUUUUUCCUCUGUAUUUCUAGAAAGUUCUAUCUAGGAUGUGGAAAAGAACUGGAAUUCUAGAGUUUCAUUUAUAUUAGGAGAACUCUUUCAACAAAGACUUACAGUACAUCUGAACAGCUAGGCAGAGAAGGGACUUUAUUAUUAUUUAAAUAAUUGAAAGAUGUUCUUUAAAUGAAGAGACAGCUAGAUUUUUACAUGAACUUGCUUUUUUAGUUGUGACUACAUUAAAAAUAAUGAAAUGUAACUACAAAGGUAUUUCAAAUAGAUAAUUACUAAUUAUGUCACAUUUAUUCUCCCCCAGUCUUCUUAGGGGCUUGUUUUCUGGUUUUUGAGACAGAGUUUGGCUCUGUGGCACAUGUUCUAACACAAGAUCAGCCUGCCUCAUCCCCAUGAAUGCAGGAACUCUGAGCAUGUGCCCAGAUCUAAUAUUUAUAUUUUUAAAAGUCCCAUGAACUAUUUGUCUUUUAUACUAAAAUAAAAUUUCUCAAAGAAUUUGUGUUAAGUAUUAUUUUUGAGAUGUUUGUUAAAAUGGAUUACCUAAACUCCAGUACCUUAUGCUGGGUUCACUGUUUAAACAACAUUGAAAUAACUUGCUUUAAGA